AUGGAAAGGGCAACCGAGCAUCUGCGCCAAACACCUUGGUGUCGCGCGCUGAUUGACGAUGAGGAGUGGGUGCCGACGAUGACGUGGUCGCGCGUGAAGAAGGUGCGGAAUACAGAAGAUACGUUUUUCGCCGAGACGUUGGGGACUGAGAGGACAAUACGGCGUUGUCUUACGUUGCGGCCCAGGAGGGAGAAUGCCGGGGACGAUGAGCCGGCGUUCAAGGAGGUGAGGACGAUUAUGGAAUUGGGUGGGGGGCUGAAUGGGCAUCCGGAUGUUGCUCAUGGGGGGUUUGUGGCGACUAUGUUGGAUGAGGUUAUGGGGGUGUUGAUUCAGUUGAAUUUGGAGAGGAAGGUUAAGAGGUUGAGGGAGAGGGAGCGGGGACAUCCGGGGUUGAGCUGUUUUACGGCGUACCUAAAUACGAACUACAAGAAGCCCGUACCCACGCCCACCACUGUACUGUGUACAGCAAAGUUCGAAAGACAGGAAAGAAACAAGAUCUAUGUCAGUGGCUCGAUCUCGGACGGCAAGGGAACGAUAUAUACGCUUGGUGAUGGAAUGUUCGUCGAAGUCACCAGAACGUCGGCGCACUUAUAA